GAUAAUCUUCGUUCGAUAUUACAACAUAUAGGUAUUAAAUAACUUUCACACACCUAUUAUUUUUGGAUUUAUUAAUAAAAACAAAUCAUUUCAUCAGAUUAACCUAUUUGAUUUCCGUUCUUGUUAUUGAAAAAUUAGCUUAUUAAGAAAAGCCCACGAAAUAGAAGAUAACUAAAAAUAUUUGCAAAAAAGGUUAAAUGAAUUUUCGUAAACUUCGAGUCUAGAGUUAUAACGGGUUCAAGAGCUAUGAAAAUCGUAAAUGUUUUAUCCUCUACUAAAGAGCGCCAUAUUCUUUCUAUACAGUGAUCUUCACAGGCUUAACUAGUUUUCCUAGAAUGUUUACCGAGAUCUGGACAAUAUUGGAUAGUGGAUUUUGACUAUUUUAAGCAGAACACCCCUGCAUGUUAUUUGUUUCAUUCAAUUUCUCCCUAUAUAUCCUCUAUUUUUGGGGAUAUUUGGUUACUAAUCAUACUUCUUAAUGCUAUUCCUAUAAUUAUUAUUAUAUCUCUGAUAGAAUUGUAAUAUCUUGCUUUUUUUAAAUUGAAAUCAUGUACCCCAUAACCGUAGAAUCUUAUUUAAUAUGAACAUUUAGGGUAACUUUUAUAUAUUGCCUUCCGAUUGACUUUUGCUGGUUAAUAAAAUUUUAUUUUGAUCAGGUUUUCCCCUGUAUAGAUGUGGCUCUGUUACCAGGGCGUAGAUACAUCCAGUACGCAGAAUUGAAAUAUAUGCGGCUAUCCUAAUUACGUAUUAUUUUUUCGGGAAAUAAUAAUUUCUUGAUUUAGACAAAUAUUUGCUCUGUCUCGUGAUUUGGAAGAGCAGAUUUUGGCUUGUGAUCCACGCAAAUUCCUAGUUUAAAUGCCUGAACACUGUUCUUAAAUUGUUCUGCGACUCCCACCUAUCGGUUACGGAAACCCAGGGCAAAACAGGACCAGCAUAAAUGGUAAACAUUCAACCGAAAUAUUUUGUAAAUAUAUAAAAUCGUGAGUGAAAUUUUUGCUGUUUCAAAGGGAAUGUGGUAAUAAACAGGAUUUUAAACAUUUAUUGGAUCUCAAAAAAUGGAGGAUUUCGAAAUUAUAAAUAUUCUGGGAAGCAGCGUUUCAUCGGCAACGUUCAAAGCCAAACAUAAAGUGGAUCAGAUCGUGUAUGUGCUGAAAGGAGUGUCUUUGGAACAUUACGAUGAUAUGCAAAAGAAAUUGUUAAUGAAAAAGAUUGACUCCAGAAAGCAACUGUGCCACCCGAACAUUUUAAAGAUAACCGGAGUUGUGGAGCAAAAUGAAGCCAAUAUUUUGUAUCUGGUGCAGGAAUACUGUAGUUACGGCUCCCUCAAGAGUUUCGUCCACGAAGAGUGUGUGAACAAAGUAAGAUAUCUCCACGAAGAUCUGGUGUUCAGGAUAUUAUACCACAUAGCGAUAGCGCUAAGGACCAUCGACAACUUUAUAGGUCAACUAUCUACCGAUAAUAUUUUCCUCGAUGCGGAUUACAACGUAAAACUUUAUAACUUUUACGCGGAUUCCAAAAUCGCGAAACAAAAGCAACCGAAAAUGUCGCACUUGGGAAUUGUCAUGUACGAACUGUGCGCGUUGAAAAAUUUCGAAAAAAACACGUGGGAAAAGGAGCUGAGUCAGAUUCCCCAUUUAAGCAACGUUGUUGGUAUUAUCGGGAACAUAAUUAAAGACAACAGCGAGACCAAAAGAAAUAUAAACAAAAUAUUGUGCCAUCCCACCAUUUUGCUUAGAUCCUCGCAAUGGACUAAGGAUAGCUGUUUCGUUAGCAUCGUGGCUCCGAAAUCGUUUCCAAUAGAUGAGGAACCCGUUGAUUGGUCCAUAUUAAAAAGCAGGGAAAGAGCUCUUAAAAUAAAAGAACGAAACUUACUCGAUAGAGAGAGAAGUCUGGAAAAUCGGGAGAAAAAGUUACUGUUGAUGGAAAGAACACUAAAAGACAAACUUCAACAGGCCGAACUUUACUUACAAAGAUGUCGCGGGUACAAACAAUCUACAAGUACCGGGAGUUCCAAAUCAAGUACUCGUUCUCAAGCAAAAACGACUACCUCCUAUGAAGAUUUUGACGAUGGAACAUAUGCAGGGGAUUCGAUUAUCGAACCACCUCCAAUAAAAUCGAAGACUUUUACUAGGACGCUAUCGGACAGGAGAAUGCGAUUCAAAACUAGCCCUCUGAAGGAUAAUAACGGCUUCAAUAGGAAAACCGGCUGGCGAAAAACGACGAGACAUUCUAAAAUAUUGGAUGAAAAUGGGAAAGAGAAUAUCUGUAGUCGGCGAAAGUCUUCACUUUAUGAAAACGAGUUUGCCAUGAAAGACAACAAAUUUUGCGAAAACCACAAAGAUGCAGCUGAAAAUAAUAAGGGUUUAGGCUGGGCGGAAGAGACGAAGAAACAAGCCUUUGAGUUGUUAAGACUAAUGAACUUCGAUAAGGAGAACGUGGAAGUUAAACAUACGUACUUGUAAUUGGGUGCGUCGCGUUAAUUUCCUGUGUGCAAUUCAAUUCCUUAAAUUAUGUUGUCUACUUAAGCGGGACAUAUGCAACAGUGUCAUUGUGCUCCACUGCAUAUGGUGAGCAAAUUUGGUUUCUAAUUUAUAGGAACUUUUACAAGUAACUUUCACAUACUUCCCACGUUUUAUGAAAAUUGUCAGAUUGGCACCCAACGUAACGCCAAAAUUGAAACCCCAGCCGACUGGUGCUCCACUAUCAUCGAAAACUGGAACUAGUUAUUUUAUUGCCAUCUUGACAAUUACAUCUAUGUCCUGUAUCUGCCAUGUAUGUGAUAUUUUAUAUUUCGUGGCAAUAAAUUUAAA